AAUUGAUGAUAACGUUGUAAGGUAUAGAUUUCUCGAAGUAUCACGACAGUUACUGAUUCGACGUAUCUGACAACACAUCAAAGAUGGCAAAGCAAGUUCGCCCUUUUGUAAUCAUUAUUUUAAUAGUUACAUCUACUAUUCUAUACUCAGAAUGUAGAUUACCAUCAAGGCUAUCCGCUACGAUUAGUACAAUGAUUAGUACUACUUCAACUCCAACGACGGGCAGCACCGCUACACCAACCCCACCGACGAGCAGCACCGCUACACCAACUCCACCGACGGGCAGCACCGCGUCACCAACCCCACCGACGGGUAGCACCGCUACACCAACCCCGCCGACGGGCAGCAGCCCCCCACCACCCCCGCCGACGGGCAGCAGCCCCCCACCACCCCCGCCGACGGGCAGCAGCCCCCCACCACCCCCGCCGACGGGCAGCAGCCCCCCACCACCCCCGCCGACGGGCAGCAGCCCCCCACCACCCCCGCCGACGGGCAGCAGCCCCCCACCACCCCCGCCGACGGGCAGCAGCCCCCCACCACCCCCGCCGACGGGCAGCAGCCCCCCACCACCCCCGCCGACGGGCAGCAGCCCCCCACCACCCCCGCCGACGGGCAGCAGCCCCCCACCACCCCCGCCGACGGGCAGCAGCCCCCCACCACCCCCGCCGACGGGCAGCAGCCCCCCACCACCCCCGCCGACGGGCAGCAGCCCCCCACCACCCCCGCCGACGGGCAGCAGCCCCCCACCACCCCCGCCGACGGGCAGCAGCCCCCCACCACCCCCGCCGACGGGCAGCAGCCCCCCACCACCCCCGCCGACGGGCAGCAGCCCCCCACCACCCCCGCCGACGGGCAGCAGCCCCCCACCACCCCCGCCGACGGGCAGCAGCCCCCCACCACCCCCGCCGACGGGCAGCAGCCCCCCACCACCCCCGCCGACGGGCAGCAGCCCCCCACCACCCCCGCCGACGGGCAGCAGCCCCCCACCACCCCCGCCGACGGGCAGCAGCCCCCCACCACCCCCGCCGACGGGCAGCAGCCCCCCACCACCCCCGCCGACGGGCAGCAGCCCCCCACCACCCCCGCCGACGGGCAGCAGCCCCCCACCACCCCCGCCGACGGGCAGCAGCCCCCCACCACCCCCGCCGACGGGCAGCAGCCCCCCACCACCCCCGCCGACGGGCAGCAGCCCCCCACCACCCCCGCCGACGGGCAGCAGCCCCCCACCACCCCCGCCGACGGGCAGCAGCCCCCCACCACCCCCGCCGACGGGCAGCAGCCCCCCACCACCCCCGCCGACGGGCAGCAGCCCCCCACCACCCCCGCCGACGGGCAGCAGCCCCCCACCACCCCCGCCGACGGGCAGCAGCCCCCCACCACCCCCGCCGACGGGCAGCAGCCCCCCACCACCCCCGCCGACGGGCAGCAGCCCCCCACCACCCCCGCCGACGGGCAGCAGCCCCCCACCACCCCCGCCGACGGGCAGCAGCCCCCCACCACCCCCGCCGACGGGCAGCAGCCCCCCACCACCCCCGCCGACGGGCAGCAGCCCCCCACCACCCCCGCCGACGGGCAGCAGCCCCCCACCACCCCCGCCGACGGGCAGCAGCCCCCCACCACCCCCGCCGACGGGCAGCAGCCCCCCACCACCCCCGCCGACGGGCAGCAGCCCCCCACCACCCCCGCCGACGGGCAGCAGCCCCCCACCACCCCCGCCGACGGGCAGCAGCCCCCCACCACCCCCGCCGACGGGCAGCAGCCCCCCACCACCCCCGCCGACGGGCAGCAGCCCCCCACCACCCCCGCCGACGGGCAGCAGCCCCCCACCACCCCCGCCGACGGGCAGCAGCCCCCCACCACCCCCGCCGACGGGCAGCAGCCCCCCACCACCCCCGCCGACGGGCAGCAGCCCCCCACCACCCCCGCCGACGGGCAGCAGCCCCCCACCACCCCCGCCGACGGGCAGCAGCCCCCCACCACCCCCGCCGACGGGCAGCAGCCCCCCACCACCCCCGCCGACGGGCAGCAGCCCCCCACCACCCCCGCCGACGGGCAGCAGCCCCCCACCACCCCCGCCGACGGGCAGCAGCCCCCCACCACCCCCGCCGACGGGCAGCAGCCCCCCACCACCCCCGCCGACGGGCAGCAGCCCCCCACCACCCCCGCCGACGGGCAGCAGCCCCCCACCACCCCCGCCGACGGGCAGCAGCCCCCCACCACCCCCGCCGACGGGCAGCAGCCCCCCACCACCCCCGCCGACGGGCAGCAGCCCCCCACCACCCCCGCCGACGGGCAGCAGCCCCCCACCACCCCCGCCGACGGGCAGCAGCCCCCCACCACCCCCGCCGACGGGCAGCAGCCCCCCACCACCCCCGCCGACGGGCAGCAGCCCCCCACCACCCCCGCCGACGGGCAGCAGCCCCCCACCACCCCCGCCGACGGGCAGCAGCCCCCCACCACCCCCGCCGACGGGCAGCAGCCCCCCACCACCCCCGCCGACGGGCAGCAGCCCCCCACCACCCCCGCCGACGGGCAGCAGCCCCCCACCACCCCCGCCGACGGGCAGCAGCCCCCCACCACCCCCGCCGACGGGCAGCAGCCCCCCACCACCCCCGCCGACGGGCAGCAGCCCCCCACCACCCCCGCCGACGGGCAGCAGCCCCCCACCACCCCCGCCGACGGGCAGCAGCCCCCCACCACCCCCGCCGACGGGCAGCAGCCCCCCACCACCCCCGCCGACGGGCAGCAGCCCCCCACCACCCCCGCCGACGGGCAGCAGCCCCCCACCACCCCCGCCGACGGGCAGCAGCCCCCCACCACCCCCGCCGACGGGCAGCAGCCCCCCACCACCCCCGCCGACGGGCAGCAGCCCCCCACCACCCCCGCCGACGGGCAGCAGCCCCCCACCACCCCCGCCGACGGGCAGCAGCCCCCCACCACCCCCGCCGACGGGCAGCAGCCCCCCACCACCCCCGCCGACGGGCAGCAGCCCCCCACCACCCCCGCCGACGGGCAGCAGCCCCCCACCACCCCCGCCGACGGGCAGCAGCCCCCCACCACCCCCGCCGACGGGCAGCAGCCCCCCACCACCCCCGCCGACGGGCAGCAGCCCCCCACCACCCCCGCCGACGGGCAGCAGCCCCCCACCACCCCCGCCGACGGGCAGCAGCCCCCCACCACCCCCGCCGACGGGCAGCAGCACUCCACCAACCCCGCCGACGGACAGCAGCACUCCAUCAACCCCACCGACGAGCAGCACCACUACACCAACCCCACCAUCGGACACGACGACGCAUAAGUACAAUAAUGCUAAUGUGAUAUCAGUUAAUACGGUAACUUUAACAUGGCUCAUGCUUUCGUGGGUGAUUAUUAAUUUUGAUACUCUUACUGGUUCUUAUUAAUUUUCAAACCAGGAACGUUGUAAUGGCAUUGUAUUGUGGUUUAAAACUAAAAAAUAUCUAAAACUAAAAAUCUUCAAGCAAGAAUCUAUGUUUAGAAGCUAAUGUAAAUAUAU